AUGGCUGAGCAGCUGGUUCUUCGCGGCACCCUCGAGGGCCACAAUGGCUGGGUUACUUCCCUUGCCACUUCUCUGGAGAACCCCAACAUGCUGCUGUCCGGUUCCCGCGACAAGACCCUGAUCAUCUGGAACCUCACUCGCGAUGAGCAGGCUUACGGUUACCCCAAGCGCAGCCUGGAGGGCCACUCCCACAUCGUCUCUGACUGUGUGAUCUCCUCCGACGGUGCCUACGCUCUGUCCUCCUCCUGGGACAAGUCGCUCCGUCUCUGGGAGCUGUCCACCGGUAACACCACCCGCACUUUUGUCGGCCACACCAACGAUGUUCUGUCCGUCUCCUUCUCCGCCGACAACCGCCAGAUCGUCUCCGGUUCCCGUGACCGCUCCAUCAAGCUGUGGAACACCCUCGGUGACUGCAAGUUCACCAUCACCGACAAGGGCCACACCGAGUGGGUCUCCUGCGUUCGCUUCAGCCCCAACCCCCAGAACCCCGUCAUUGUCUCCGCCGGCUGGGACAAGCUCGUCAAGGUCUGGGAGCUCGCUUCCUGCCGCCUGCAGACCGACCACAUCGGUCACACUGGCUACAUCAACACCGUCACCAUCUCCCCCGACGGAUCCCUCUGCGCUUCCGGUGGCAAGGACGGUACCACCAUGCUGUGGGACCUGAACGAGUCCAAGCACCUCUACUCCCUCCACGCCGGUGAUGAGAUCCACGCUCUCGUCUUCUCCCCCAACCGCUACUGGCUGUGCGCUGCCACCAGCAGCUCCAUCACCAUCUUCGACCUCGAGAAGAAGAGCAAGGUUGAUGAGCUCAAGCCCGAGUACGUCGAGAAGGGCAAGAAGAGCCGUGACCCUGAGUGUAUCUCCCUCGCCUGGUCCGCCGAUGGCCAGACCCUGUUCGCCGGUUACACCGACAACAAGAUCCGUGCCUGGGGUGUCAUGUCGCGGGCAUAG